AUGCCACCAUUCGAAGGAGAAGGAGGAAAGAAGCGCAAGAGAAGUCGAAGACCAGCUACUUCAUCAUCAAUUUCCUUGGCCAAGGCACUCGAACUUGAAAGACAACACGCAUUGCAAGACUUGUCCUCGAACCCACCCAACGAUCCGCCGAGUAAUCACACCUCAAGAGGCCUCCCGGAUGAAUCCAAUCCCGAUGUCAAUGACUUUGAAUCGGAUCGUCAACAUUAUGAAGAUCACCAAGAACUCGACAAUGACUAUGAAUCUGAUACUCGGGUGCAACUACUAGCGGAUUACUUUCGGUCCGAGCAUUACAAAAGGAGAAAGCUUUUGGAAGAGCAACAUUGGCAGGAAGUUUAUGAUAAGAUGUUUACUUCUUUCCAUGAUUGUGCAACAAAGACUUCGCAUUGGGGUAACCAGAUGUUAUGGGAUACCGAUUGGAAGGCUGAGUGUGAAUGCACUCUUACUCGGAAAAGGCCAGUAGUCCUGGUCGAUCUUUUAAGUCGAAGAGAAAGCAGGAUCGAGUUUUGUGAUUGCCAGCCUGACCAGGUCCGACUGAUUCAAAUGGGAUACAUCGGUGGAGCCCCAAAAUUUCCAAGAACUGCAUUCUCGAUCAGACUACUUCAGUUUCAUCACAUAGUCUGGAAGCACAGUGCUAUAGCACUGACCCCAUUUUCCAAGGCCCUUGAUGAACAUUUGGAUUUCAACAGCCCUCUCAUCUUGGUAAAUCGACCUGAAUUGGAAGAAGAAGGGACUUAUACAACUCGCCAAUGGCGGAAAACACUUUUGUCCGCCAUUGAUGCGUAUCGAGAAAUGCUUCACAGAGAAGAGCACCUAUCGGAAGAGCUCCUACAGAUGUCAAAAAUCGAUAAAUUGGCCGAACUUUGCCCAAAGUGCUUUGGACCCACGGUCCCAGGCAAGAAAGAAGAUGAACCAGAUUAUAUUGUUUGCAUGGACGGGAAUUUUCAAUAUCGAAGACACAAGGCUGCGAGCAAUGAGAUCAUUCCCCUGAAAACCCCGAGCCUUUUUAUCAAUCCUGACAAGGUUGAAGCCAUGGCCAUAUCCAUGAGCAAUACCAGGAUCGCUGAUGUGGAACCGGAAUCUUCUAGUGACCGGUGCACCGACCAACAUACAGCCGCCAAUGAUGUCCGUGGAGGACACACAUGGAAAGCAUGUGAUGACACUGGUAUUUUUGGAAUGGCAUGUCGCCAUGACCAAAUUUUGAGCCUCAUCAACAUAGUGAGAAGCGGAGAAAGAGCCUAUUUCCCAAUGACAAUGAUCAACUAUCUUCUCAAAUCUACUCUAACCCAUGGAGGUACCCCAAAGAAAUGUGCAUUUCUCUACGACAUAGGUUGCAACAUUGAAAAAGGAAUAUCAAGGAGGGAUCAAUUUUCAGAAGAACGAUCAAAUAAUCAAUUGAAGUUUGGUACCAGCGUCUUCCAUGCCUAUGUGCACGAAUGGUCUUGCCAACUGAAGUACAACCCAAGGAUAAAUGAAGGUUGGGUCAAGCUAUUGUUGGAUCGUGGUAAAACUAUUGAGAAGAUGAUGAGAACUUCUCAAAAAGAAUUACAGGAAAUUUCAGAUCAACAUGGUCACCACACUGAAUAUCUUAAAAACCAAUGGUUUCGUCAGAGAGCAUGCCAGCUUUCCCAAAUGGAAACUGACUCACAGAGCGAUUUGAAAAAACAAGUAGACCAAUUGAUAGAUUUGGAAGACAAACUUCGAGAAGCACAUGAAGAGAUGGUUGAGAUCCAACACCGACAGAGGAGGACUCAAACUGUGGAUCAGGUCAGACGCAUGGACGAGCUACCAAGCACCUUAAUAUGGUUGGAGCAACAGAUUGAAGGAAUAGUUGAAGAACUGGGUUCUGAGUUUUUUGAGGGUGUUUCUGGUGCAUCAAGUGAGUAA